GCAGAUCGGCCUGAGCCGCGAGCCGGUGCUGCUGCUGCAGGACUCGUCCGGGGACUACAGCCUGGCGCACGUCCGGGAGAUGGCUUGCUCCAUCGUCGACCAGAAGUUCCCUGAAUGUGGUUUCUAUGGAAUGUACGAUAAGAUUCUGCUUUUUCGCCACGACCCUACCUCUGAAAACAUCCUUCAGCUGGUGAAAACGGCCAGUGAUAUCCAGGAAGGUGAUCUUAUCGAGGUGGUCUUAUCAGCCUCCGCCACCUUCGAGGACUUUCAGAUUCGUCCGCACGCCCUCUUCGUUCAUUCCUACAGAGCUCCUGCUUUCUGCGAUCACUGUGGAGAGAUGCUCUGGGGGCUGGUGCGCCAAGGCCUGAAAUGUGAAGGAUGUGGGCUGAAUUACCAUAAGAGAUGUGCUUUUAAAAUCCCCAACAAUUGCAGUGGUGUGAGGCGGAGAAGGCUCUCGAAUGUUUCCCUCACCGGGCUCAGCACCGUCCGCACAUCAUCUGCCGAGCUCUCCACCAGCGCCCCUGAUGAGCCCCUUCUGUCUCCUGUGAGUCCUGGCUUUGAGCAAAAGUCACCCUCAGAGUCCUUCAUUGGCCGAGAGAAGAGGUCUAAUUCUCAGUCAUACAUUGGCCGGCCGAUCCAGCUGGACAAGAUUUUGAUGUCUAAAGUUAAGGUGCCGCACACCUUCGUCAUCCAUUCCUACACGCGGCCCACGGUGUGCCAGUACUGCAAGAAGCUUCUCAAGGGGCUUUUCAGGCAGGGCCUGCAGUGCAAAGAUUGCAGAUUCAACUGUCAUAAACGCUGUGCACCAAAAGUUCCAAACAACUGCCUCGGCGAAGUGACCAUCAAUGGAGAUUUGCUUAGCCCUGGGGCGGAGUCCGAUGUGGUCAUGGAAGAAGGGAGUGAUGACAAUGACAGUGAAAGGAACAGUGGGCUCAUGGAUGACAUGGAAGAGGCAAUGGUUCAGGAUGCUGAGAUGGUGAUGGCAGAGUGCCAGAAUGACGGUGGGGAAAUGCAGGAUCCAGACCCGGACCACGAGGACUCCAACAGGACCAUCAGUCCAUCAACAAGCAACAAUAUCCCACUCAUGAGGGUAGUGCAGUCUGUCAAACACACCAAGAGGAAAAGCAGCACGGUGAUGAAGGAAGGGUGGAUGGUCCACUACACCAGCAAGGACACCCUGCGGAAACGGCACUACUGGAGACUGGACAGCAAGUGUAUCACCCUCUUUCAGAAUGACACAGGGAGCAGGUACUACAAGGAAAUACCUUUAUCAGAAAUUUUAUCUCUGGAACCAGCAAAAACUUCUGCUUUAAUUCCUAGUGGGGCUAAUCCUCACUGUUUUGAAAUCACUACAGCAAAUGUAGUGUAUUAUGUGGGAGAGAUUGUGGUCAAUCCUUCCAGCCCACUACCAAACAACAGUGUCCUCACCAGUGGCGUUGGUGCAGAUGUGGCCCGGAUGUGGGAGAUGGCCAUCCAGCACGCCCUCAUGCCUGUCAUCCCCAAGGGCUCAUCCGUGGGCCCAGGAACCAGCUCGCACAGAGAUAUUUCUGUGAGUAUUUCAGUAUCAAAUUGCCAGAUUCAAGAAAAUGUGGAUAUCAGCACAGUAUAUCAGAUUUUUCCUGAUGAAGUACUGGGUUCUGGACAGUUUGGAAUUGUUUACGGAGGAAAACAUCGAAAAACCGGAAGAGAUGUAGCUAUUAAAAUCAUUGACAAAUUAAGAUUUCCAACAAAACAAGAGAGCCAGCUUCGUAAUGAGGUUGCAAUUCUACAGAACCUUCAUCACCCUGGUGUUGUAAAUUUGGAGUGUAUGUUUGAGACGCCUGAAAGAGUGUUUGUUGUUAUGGAAAAACUCCAUGGAGACAUGCUAGAGAUGAUCUUGUCAAGUGAAAAGGGCAGGUUGCCAGAGCACAUAACGAAGUUUUUAAUUACCCAGAUACUUGUGGCUUUGCGGCAUCUUCAUUUUAAAAAUAUCGUUCACUGUGACCUCAAACCAGAAAAUGUGUUGCUAGCAUCAGCUGAUCCUUUUCCUCAGGUGAAACUUUGUGAUUUUGGUUUUGCCCGGAUCAUUGGUGAGAAGUCUUUCCGGAGGUCGGUGGUGGGCACCCCCGCUUACCUGGCUCCCGAGGUUCUAAGGAACAAGGGCUACAAUCGAUCUCUGGACAUGUGGUCUGUGGGGGUCAUCAUCUACGUCAGCCUCAGUGGCACAUUCCCGUUUAAUGAAGAUGAAGACAUCCAUGACCAAAUCCAGAAUGCAGCCUUCAUGUAUCCACCAAAUCCCUGGAAGGAGAUCUCUCAUGAAGCCAUUGAUCUUAUCAACAAUUUGCUGCAAGUGAAAAUGAGAAAGCGGUAUAGCGUUGACAAGACCUUGAGUCACCCUUGGUUACAGGACUAUCAGACGUGGUUAGAUUUAAGAGAGCUGGAAUGCAAAAUCGGGGAACGCUACAUCACCCAUGAGAGCGAUGACUUGAGGUGGGAGCAGUACGCAGGCGAGCAGGGGCUGCAGUACCCGGCGCACCUGAUCAAUCCAAGUGCCCGCCACAGCGACAGUCCUGAGACCGAAGAAACCGAGAUGAGAGCCCUCAGUGAGCGUGUCAGCAUCCUCUGAGUUCCGUCUCCUAUAAUCUGUCAAAACACUGUGGAAUUAAUAAAUACAUACGGUCAGGUUUAACA